AUGCUCUCCCUCGGCUUCCUAACAGCUGCUCUGCUAGCCUCCACCACAACCGCCCAAUUCAACCCCCAAUCCAAAACAAAUGUCGCAGUCUACUGGGGUCAAGGCACCGACCAACUCCGCCUGAUCGAACAUUGCAAACGUCCCGCAGUGGACAUUAUCAACAUAGGUUUCAUUAACCAAUUUCCCGGCCAGGGACAAAGUGGUGAUGAACUUCCCGGUUCCAACUUUGGAAACGCCUGCUGGGCAGACGUCUACACCAACCGCGCCGGCAAACCCUCCAAACUCUUCUCCCAAUGCCCCACCAUCGGCCCGGACAUCAUCGCCUGCCAACAAACCUACGGCAAGAAAAUCUUCCUCUCCCUAGGCGGCGGCGCCAAACCCACCAACCAAUACCUCCCCUCAGACGCCUCAGGCCUCGCCUUUGCCGAUUUCCUCUGGUCCUCUUUCGGCCCCGUAAACUCCUCCUGGACCGGUCCCCGACCUUUCGGAAACGCAACCAUCGACGGCUUCGACUUCGACAUAGAAUCCGACAUUUCCACGCCCCUCCCUUCCAACGUCCCCAGCGAUUACAUGACACGCGGAUACGUCUCCAUGGUCAAUUACUUCAAAAAUACCCUCUUCCCACAAGACCCUUCCAAAUCCUACUACCUCAGCGCCGCUCCACAAUGUAUCGUCCCAGACGCCCAUUUCGCCACCGUAAUGAACAACGCCUGGUUCGAUUUCAUGUUCAUUCAAUUCUACAAUACCCCACGCUGUUCCGCUCGAGCAGGAAUUAAUCGUUCCAAAGGCAUAGGACAAUAUGAUAUUUCCUUUGAAAGAUGGACUACAUAUGCCACGACUCUGAAUCCCAAUAUCAAAUUUUUCAUCGGUUUGCCCGGUGCCGCGGCUUCGGCUGUACAGGGGGAUUAUUUAAAUCCUGGGGAGGCGCAAUUUAUUAUUAAGAAGUUUUUUGGCAGGGCCAAGUUUGGGGGGGUUAUGGUUUGGGAGGCUACGAGUGAUUAUCGGAAUACGGUUUGUGGGAGGCCGUUUGGGGGGAUGAUGAAGGCUAUUCUUAAUGCUGUUAAUCAGGGGAAGACGGUGGAUACUGGGGCUUGUGGGGGGAAUAUUGCGAAACGGAGGGCGAGUAGGGCGGAGAGGUGGUUGGGGAUUGGUGGUGGGGAGGAGGAGGUUUAG